UAUAAAACUCUGGAUUGAAAAUUAUUGUCUUCCCAACUUAGUCUUAUUAAUACUCCGUAUUACUUAUCCUAAAAAACACAGUUUUAUGUACUCGUAUUAAAUAGUACUCCGUACUCUGUAUUAAUAGUUACUCAGGACUGAAAAACGCGGCAAAAUCACUAGGGCAUCAUACCACACCAAAUAUUUGCGGCGAGCAGUGAUUUUUUGCGCAGAUUCUGCUUUAAUAUGGAAGUAAAUCGCAUCGAAGAAGAAGAGGAGGAGGAGGAGGAAGAAGAUGAGUUUGGGUUUUCAAGGAAUUACUUUCUUUCGAAGGAAUUGGGCUCUUCUCGGAAAAAAUCUGCUCGGAAACUCUCAGACAUCAAUCUAGUCGAUGAAGAGGAAUUGAGGGAAGCUGCUGCCAACAUUGAACCCAAACACGAGAAAGAAAUAAAGGAUUUGGCCAUAACCUAUAAGCAAUCGUAUUCGGAAUGGAAAUUCGUCCUAAGGUGUGGUUUUGGACUUCUGAUGCAUGGUUUUGGAUCAAAGAAGGCCUUGAUUGAAGAUUUUGCUUCAACCACUUUGACUGAGUAUUCAGUUGUCGUGAUCAAUGGUUAUCUCCCCUCUAUCAAUCUUAAACAGGUAGCAAUAACCUUAGCCGAACUUUUAUGGGAUCAGCUGGAAGCAUUGCGAAAGAUGAGUUCAGGGAGUCAGUCGAAAAAUCAACAACCUUUCAAUGCCCGAUCAGUGGAUAACCUUAUUGGAUUUCUAAACGAACCAUUGCCCUUGGAUGCGGAUGACGAGGAGUGCUUUGUUUGUGUUGUUGUUCACAACAUUGAUGGGCCUGGGCUGCGCAAUCCAGAUGAUCAACAGUUUCUUGCAAGGAUUGCAUCUUGUGCAAACGUCCGAAUGGUUGCUUCUAUUGAUAAUAUCAAUGCUCCUCUUUUAUGGGACAAGAAGAUGGUACAUACACAGUUCAACUGGUACUGGGUCCAUGUGCCCACCUUCGCACCCUACAAAGUUGAAGGAAUGUUUUUCCCUCUAAUCCUUGCCCAUGGAGGUAGUGCUCAAAGUGUGAAGACAGCAUCACUUGUCCUCCAGAGUUUGACACCCAAUGCUCAAAAUGUAUUCAAAGUUCUUGCGGAGCAUCAGUUGGCCCACCCCGAUGAUGAAGGGAUGCCAACCAAUAGCUUGUACACCAUUUGUCGGGAGCGCUUUAUAGUUAGUAGCCAGCUUACCUUGAAUUCACAUUUGACGGAAUUCAAGGACCAUGAACUGGUCAAGAGCAAGAGGAAAUCCGAUGGCCAGGAUUGCUUGUACAUCCCUCUCUCGGAUGAAGCAAUUGAAAAACUUAUCGCGGAGAUCGGCCAAUAGACACACAUGACUCUCCUUGUCCCAUAAAGAGUCCUAUUUGAGUAAUGUACGACUUUUGUAUCUACCAUCUGAUGUAAUAGGUUCUUUUGACACACAUAACGAGUGUCAUAAUGUGUCACGAGACGAUUUGGGGGUCCUACGGUGCUCCGUUUGACUUCAAAGUGGUUCCUACCCCCUAUCCUCCAAUCCGCCUCAGACCCGUUUUUUUGCUGGCAAAACAUGGUGUGGGCUAGGGGAGAUGGGGGGAAGAACCACUUUGAGCUCAAAGAGAGCACUGAAGGCCACUCAAAUCGUCUGGUGUCAUAUGAACCGCAGUCUUUAAUUUUGGUAGAUGUAUGAAAACAUCUACAGUUGUUCAGUCAUUAAGGGGCAGUAGGUCAAAGGUUAACCGGGUGAACACGAUUGUCCUUCAGCGGUUCGGCGUUCCAUUUAAAUAUCAUGUUUCGUCAGUGGUCUUUGACAUUCUCCUGGUCUUCCCUCAGAAUUUUACAUUCCCAUUGUAACCUUAUUCUGGCUUGUAAAAAUUAU